CCAAUUUCGAUUUUCUCAUUCAUAGAACUCGACUAACUCACUAAGAAAAUAACAACAUUGAUUUAGCGCUCAGAAGAAGUAGGCUCCGGCUCACACUACCUCAUAAGAACAGCCUAACAGAAUCCUAGCCAUGGCAACCUCCCAUUACAAGACCGAGACUUUCACAUCCGAAAACUUUGUCGAGAGCGCUGGUACAAUUCUCUUCCGCCUCUCAACACAUGAAAUAUGUAUCCUGCACGAUAUAAAGCGUAACGAAUACAUCCUUCCCAAAGGACGUCGCAAUGUAGGCGAGUCACGCUGCGACACUGCCAUUCGUGAAACUCUCGAAGAAACAGGAAUAUCCUGUCGUUUACUACCCAUCAACAUGAAAUCUCGCCUCUGCCCUUCUGAAGAAACGGAUGUUCCUGAUGAAGCGCGUGUUUUCAAAGAUGUUUGUGAGCCGAUUUCAGUGCAGAUGAGAAGGAUUGGUGAGCAUGAGAUGAAGCUGAUUUGGUGGUAUGUUGCUGCUGUCAACGAGAAUAAAACUAUUGGGAAAUGUGAGAAUGAGUUUGAGGUUGAGUGGUAUGGCUAUGAAGAGGUUCUAGAGAAGUUGACUUUUCAGAAUGAUCGGGAGUUGGUUGCCAGGGCUAUUAAACUUGUCCAAUCUUAUUACCCGUGAAGGCAGGCAAAUGAGUCAUCUUUUAGGUUUUCUUUUAUCAGUGUUUAUGCUAUAGUAGUUGUUUAGGCAUUAUGGUAUAAUGUCCCAGUUGUGAGCUAGAUGUAUUAUUUGCAGGAGACCUGUGGCUGAGAGCUUAUGUCCACAUAGAAUUUAGAACUUGUC